UUUAUAUACCCUGCUGCGAGAUGAAGUCCAGAAAGGGUAUAGAAAGUAUCAUCAUAAGAAAAUUAUUCAUAUCAGGACCUGCGAUACUGUCGCUUUUCUUCUUGAAAAACGAUAUCGCAGGUCCUUUGCUAUACUGUUAAUACAUUCUUGCAGAAUAUAUAAAAAAAAAUAUGUGAUGAGGGUUUUAUCUUGCAACAUGAUAAAGAUAACUUCAUUCUCCCCCAAGUAUGUACAAAUUAAAUUAUAUUCACAUGUUUAAUAUCAUCUUACACUGAUAGGGCAAUUAAUGUCAAAUUCUCCUUGCAAAUAUUGUAUUGGUAAUCAGUUCGCAACGGGGAAGCUUUACCCUUUGUUUACCAACUUUUUACAGUGUUGGUGUUGCCUACCGCAGCAAUGUGUGUGUGUAAAGCACUUAAUCUAAGACCUUAUGUCGAUAAAACCACACCUUCAGAAAUAAAAUAGCCACGGAUGACUGACUCCCCAACUUCAAGUUCAGUAUGGGGCUGUUCAAGAAGUAGAUAAUUACGGGCCCGCUUAAGUUCAGCACUCACUGGUCAUAGGCUACACAAUCAAAUUAUAGGCUCAAACCUUAUCCUACGAGAAAUGGGUGAAAUAUAUAUUUUUUUCCCCGACGAGCAGGUGUUUGGAUAUUUGGCACCGAACAAUAAUGUGUAUUUCGCAAUCCCGAAAUAUAAAAAAAAGAAAAAAGAAAAAAAAAAAAAAGAGCCGAGUUCACUAUAUAGGAAAAGUACCUCGCUGACAGUUCUCCGGGUGGCCGUGUGAGGCGCUGCGCGUUUAGAUAAUACGAUCUAUUGACACUGAAAACAGCUAAGUUACCCCUCUGGUGUUAAUAGGCAUCUAGACGCUCUUCUGCGAACAGGGUGGUCUUAAUUUCCAGGGAAAGUUCGAGCGAAUAACCUUCCUUUAAUGAUAGAUGUGGCAACUGUAGUGCCAUCAGGAUCAAGGAGAUGGGAGAGAUGAAAAUAUAAAACUGUUGGAAUAUAUUUCAUUAGAUGCCAGCAAGAUUUUGAUAUUUUCUAUUGAUUCCUCAGCUUUUGGCAAUUGAAGAAUACAUUUUGCUGGAUUCGCACAUAUAUUUGAAAGACGUGAUUUUUAUAUAUAUAAGAACAUGAAGGUCGACAUAUAAUAUAAAAUCAUCUUAGGACUUCACUUGAGCCUCUAGCGAUGCUUCUAAGUAAUCAAGGGAGUUUUAAUUUCGAUUUUCCAAAACUUAGGCAGAUAUGCGCGCCAGAAACAUGUGACGAAGCGCUGCAGGACUUUACUCGAACUUCCAACACCAUUCCCGAGUCCAACAACAACACGGCAUCAUCAGGGCGUAUAGGAGGAGCAUCGAGGCUGUGGUGUCGGAAGUGGUGUUUGGCGGUAAGGUCUCGGCGUGCCAAGCCUCGAGACAUGGGCCAACAUUGCUGCAGGUUCUGUAGCGGCGAGAUGCUGCGCUACUCUCCUCCCUCCUUCCCUCCACCAGACUCUGAGGAGGAGGAGGAGCAGCGGGUGAUGGAAAGCGAGAUGGCGGUACUGUCGCGAGCCGAAGACUUUGUGGUGGCUUUAUACCCUUAUCGGGCAGGUGGUGUCAACCAGCUGAGCUUUGAGCAAGGAGACAUCAUGGAAGUGAUCUACAGAAAUGACGAGGAUUGGUGGCUGGCCAGGCAUCCUAACCAGAUUCAGGUCGGCUACAUCCCCGUGCCCUACGUGGCCCCAGCCUCCUCACUGGAGUCCCGCGAGUGGUAUCACGGAGAGAUAUCCCGUGUAGAGGCGGAACAGAUCCUUCUAUGUCGGAUUAACACACUCGGGGCUUUCCUCGUACGCAAGUCUCAUCGCGUGAACGGCAACGUCUUCAGCAUAAAGACCCUGAGCUCCAACGGCCUCACGCCCUGCGUCAGGCACCACCCGAUAGAACAGACCAGCACUGGCCUCUUUACUUUAUCUCGAGGCCGCUUCUUCUCUACGCUUGAUGAGUUGGUGGAGUUUUACAAGACUGUGCCUGACCAGAGGCUUCCCCCAAACACUGUAAAGCACCCGUGUGUCAGGCCGCCCCCCACCGUGCAGGACCUCUCGCCAGAAGCCAAAGAUCACUGGGAGAUUGAUCGUCAUCAAUUGGAAUUUGUGCAGAUGUUAGGCCACGGCUCGUUCGGCGAAGUGUGGCUCGGCAAGUUAAACAACACAGCAGAGGUGGCCAUUAAGAUGAUGAGGAAAGGCAAGAUGAACCCCAACGACUUUAUGAGCGAGGCCAAGGUGAUGAAGGAGCUGCGUCACCCUAACAUCCUGACGCUGUAUGCAGUGUGCACGCAGGAGGAACCGCUGCUCAUCAUCACCGAGUACAUGGCUGAAGGCGCGCUACUCGACGUACUAAGAAACCAGCAUCUCAACCUGCAGCUGCAGCUUCACGUUGCCACACAGGCAGCAGCAGGCAUGGAAUACCUGGAGAGCAAAAAACUUAUUCAUAGAGACCUAGCAGCCCGCAACAUCCUGGUGGGUCAGUGUUAUGUGUGCAAAGUGGCAGACUUUGGCCUGUCAAAACUCUAUGCAGACUUACAAAACGACUCAAAAUCAAAAAGUCGGGUGCCCAUAAAGUGGACUGCACCAGAAUCUUUGUUGCACCAGAAGUACAGCAGCAAGUCAGACGUUUGGUCUUUUGGUGUGAUGGUGACUGAAAUUAUGACCCACGGGGCUGUGCCCUACCCAGGGUACACCAACCAGCAGGUUUUUGAGGCUAUCACCGCAGGGUAUCGGAUGCCCCAUCCCCCAGAGUGUCCGCUACAACUGUAUGAACUCAUUCUACAGUGCUGGCACAGUGAACCCCUCAGACGACCCACCUUCUACUUCCUUCAUGACUAUCUCCAAAACUUUGAUGUGCAGUCUGAGAAUAGCUACUGUGGGGGUGCACAUAUCUUUUGAAGUUCUCACCUUC